AUGGCGACGGAUUCGAAGAAGAAAGGUGUGUCGAAGAAGACCCCUCCAAGGCAAAAGAAGACCCCUCCAAGGCAAAAGAGGAACACUCCGACAAAAGAGAAAGAGAAGGUGGUCCCAGAGAAAAGGCCUUCAAGCUGUGACUUUUGGUUUUCUGGAACUGAUUUGCCCUCUCACUAUGUUUCGAGUCAUCUGAGGCAGUAUGCUGCUGAAUUGCUGAGAAGCAAUCCUGGGUCCACAGUCAUUAUAAAAUCAGCAGUGGGAGUACAUGGGCCAGUCUUUGAGAGGAUCUAUGUCUGCUUUGAAGCUACUAAGACUGCAUUUGCCAAGCAUUGUAGACCCUUAAUUGGGUUGGAUGGCUGCUUUCUUAAGGGAUUGUAUGGUGGUCAACUUCUCUCAGCUGUAGGCAAAGAUGGAAACAACCAAAUGUUUCCAAUAGCAUUUGCAGUAGUGGAAGCUGAAACUAAGGAUUCCUGGACUUGGUUCUUGAACAUUCUUCUACAUGAUAUGAAUAGUGUUAAACCUCAAAAUUGGGCAUUCAUCUCUGACCAGCAAAAAGGAUUGGUGCCUGCUAUUGCUGAACUGAGUCAAGAUACUGAACACAGAUUGUGUGUCAAACACUUAUACAGUAAUUUUAGGAAGAGGUUCCCAAGAGAAGAGUUGAAGAAUGCUUUAUGGGCUGCUGCAAGGGCUAGCACAGAACCACAAUGGAAAAAUGCUAUGGACAACAUGAAAGAGUUGAAUCAAGAUGCUUGGCUGGAAAUGAUGCAUGUAUGUUGGUAA